AACUUCUUCUUUUCUUCGUCCUUCUUCUCUUUGCCUUUCGAAUGCAAUUGCCGUCGUAAAUCUCGCGGUAAAGUUUGUUGUGCGGCAAACGGGCAGACGUUUCUCUCCCGAACGAUACGAUAGAUCGGUCUCUUGACCUCGCGGUAUAAAGAUUUAAUAGCAUCGCGAAGUCAAGCGAACUUAUUCGCCUUUUGACGAAGAUCGAUCUCGCCCGACGACGUAGAUAUCGAGCAAACGUUAUUCGGCUUGCAUCUUCCGAUUCGAUUAUCCUUUCCUCGUUCUCGUUUGUGGGCUCAUUUUCUACACGGACCUAAUGUCUACGCUUUGUUAGGAUUACUACAAAUUAUUUCUAUCCAUCGACAGAGGUUAUAGAGACGUCGAAGUGGUUCCAGUUAGGUAGGCCACCCUGUAUAUAAUAUAGGAGUUUUUGGAAAAGAGGAACGUUCCCAAAGAAGCAAAGAAAAUAAAGAAGAAACGGGAAAAGAAGAGUAAAGAAGAGAAGAAGUGGUUGGAAAUGGAAGGAGUCGGAGAUAAGGGGCGUGAGCAAAUGGCGGCAACCGAACGAAUCCCAACUCGCGUGCAUCGUUUGGGGUGGUCCCAAGGAGCACGCCCACCCUACUUGGUGACGUCACCAAGUGACAUGCGCGCCAAUGUCAUGUCACCCCCGUCAAGUUCGGCGCGUCGCGCUGCGCUCGAGCGUAUCGGCCACCACUCAGAUAACGGAGACACCGACGACGACGCAUCUCUCUGCUCUGCCGGUACGAAUGGGUUCGCCGAACGUGAUGGUGAACGGAAGCGUGGUGCAAAUUCCAGGACAAGUACAUGGAGGUCAGGGCCUGACUCUGGCACCAUUGACACCACCUGCCCACGAAUUAGAGCAGCCGCAUCCGUUGUACGGGCAACCUCAUCAUAUACAGGUGCAACACGGGGUGCUGGUAAAGGCACCACCCGGUGGUGCUCCACAUUUGACGACCCUUUCGCAUCCAGGCACACCACCGGACACGCCGCCGGUCUCUGCCUCUCCACCCCCGUUGCAGCUGCAUCGCGCCGAGCGAGACCCUCGCGAACGCAGCGGACUCCUAUUGCAUCUGCAACAACCUGGAUCCAUAUUACAAGAUGACAUGCAAGUUGGACCCGGUAUCGGAAUGGGCUGGCUCACCCAAUCCCUCAGACAAGAACCGUUGGAUCUUAGACCUCACUGUCCUCAGGAACAAGGCCAGGAGCCUCAUCACGAAGCUUGGCCCUCGUCUACCGCGAGCCAUCAUCACUUUCAGGAGCAUCAACACUUGCCGAGACAUACCAGGCAUCCCGGUGGGUACAUCACAAUGUCCAGUCACAUCGAGUACUAUGGCGGUCCAGGUUCAGGCGGCGGGAUGCUUCCCGCGGGCGGGGGUGUGAUGCAGAGCAUGGAGGAUAGCAUGCAAGGGAUGCCCAUGCAACCGGGUAGACCGUUGAGCGUUUGCUCGGUCAGUUCUUGUGGAGCCAGUGGUCCAAGUCCUGCUCACAGAACUGCCAAUGGACUUUACUCGAGCUGCGGACCGGCUAAUUCGCAGGAGGAGCUCAUGAACGACGAGCUCCUCAUGUCGCUCUCCGUACGCGAAUUGAACAAACGCCUCCAUGGUUGCCCGCGGGAAGAGGUCGUCCGUUUGAAGCAAAAACGUCGGACUUUGAAGAAUCGGGGAUACGCGCAAAACUGUCGCAGCAAACGACUACAGCAACGUCACGAUCUCGAGACGACCAAUAGUAAUCUGCAAAAUGAGCUUCAACGAAUGAAGGUCGAAUUGGCUCGGACCCAACAGGAACGGGAUCUCUACAAGCAACGCUGUGAAAUAUUGAGGGCUCGUCAGACUCAUAGUCAUCACAGUCAUAGUCACAAUCAUCAUCAACAACAACAACAACAAGCCCCCCAGCCGACGCAGCAACAGCAGCCGCAGCAAGCUCAGCAACAGCAUCCUCAGCAACAACAGCAGCCACCGCCACCGCAACAGCAACAACAGGCGCAGCAACAUCAACAACAACAACAACAACAACAGCAGCAGCAGCAGCAGCAGCAGCAGCAGCAACAACAACAACAACAACAACAACAGCAACAACCGGCACCAGCGAGCCCGGAGGUCUAUCUAUGACAUCGACAGCGCCGAGGAGGCGCUUGCUGGACCUGAACGAUUAUCUCGAUAUCGAAUCCUUGAGCCGCUUCUCGAGAACGAUCGUGGAUCGAGAAAUGGGAUCGAAGAUGGAAGGAAGGAAGGAAGGAAGGAAGGAAGGUGCGAGCGAUAUCCUCGGAGAGAUGGCGUUAUCUCGACAACGCGCCUAAUUCCGAAAAACGAUAGAUGCUAAAAUGCUCUAUGCGUGCGUGUAUACAAAUUAUAAAGAAGGUUUAUACGAGGAUA